UUUAGAACGAAACGAACAUCGGAAGACAAUACGUCGGGAAGGUGAAACAUCAUCCACCAAAAUCUACAGUUUAGACCACUCUAACCGUGGAUUUAUUUGAAAAGCAAAGUGUAAAGAGUACAAGGGAGAGGGGUUGAUUCGCUUUGAAAUUAAUGGAAAUGGAUAAGUAAUGGAACAGUCCAAAUAAACUUAAAAAUAAAUUAAAAUAUCUAAAAUUUUGAAGACAGACUUUUUUCAUAUUAAUUUGCAAAUUGCGGUUAUCGAUUAUUACGAUAUCAUAUUCGGUAAAAGGCGAACUCCCUUCAAGUACAAUACUCCAUCACACAUUUGAACGAUGACAGCAACGUACCUGUUGGUUCUGACAUGCAUAUUGCAAAUAUUGAGUUACGCAGAUUCCGGUUUCGUAUCUUUUGAGGAAGCACGCAAUGCUGUCAUACAAGCCGAGGAUUUGCUCAUCACCGGCGGUCGCAUACACCUCAAUGACAAGGAGGAUCGAGCGAAUGACAUAUUCAUGAGGUAUAAAAUGGACGAGUUGGGUGCGGGUUUUUACGACUCGGAUGUCAAUGCAGCGAGCUUGCAUUUCUUCAAGGGCAAAAAGCUCGUGGAGAAGAGCAAAGUGCUGAAGUUCCUCAAGCGCAUGCCGAAAGGCGCCAUCUUACAUUUGCACAACACGGCAAGCGUUUCGUCCGAAUGGAUGGUGCGCAAUAUUUCCUACAUGCCGGGUAUGCUGCGGUGUACCAACAUUUUUGGCGUCAGUAUAUUGAGCUUCCGUAGGACGGCACGUGAUCACGGCUGUGUGACACAGUAUGUGCGUGUGAGUGACGAACGCGUUCGUUCAGUUAAUCCGGCCGCGUAUGAUCGCAGCUUUGAGAAGUUGAUCAACUUGUACACACCGACGCCGGAAAUUGAUUAUCCAACAAUUAAGCAUGUCUGGAAUAAGUUUCAGAAUAUGUUUAGCACGAUAAACGAUGUGUUGCGUUAUUUGCCGGCUUUUCGUGCCUACACCUGGCGUAUGCUGGAAGAGAUGUACGAGGACAAUGUAAUGUAUGCGGAGGUGCGCAUGGAUUUCAAGGAGCUGUAUGACUACAGUGGACGCCUCUUUUCACCAGAGCGUUCCCUUCGUGAGGUAUUGUCCAUCGUGGAGGACUUUCGUCGUGCACAUCCCAACUUUAUGGGUAUAAAGGCGAUCUUUUCAACGCAUCGUAAUGUCGAACGAACGCGUGUAUUUGAGAAUUUCGAAAUGUUCAAAAGUUUGCACAAAGACAACCCCAAUUUUGUUAUCGGUUUCGAUUUGGUCGGACAGGAGGAUCGUGGUAAACCAUUGCAUAAUUUCGUCGCAGAGUUGGCGGAACUGCCAAGAAGCGCGAAGUUCUUCUUCCAUGCAGGCGAAACAAAUUGGUAUGGCGCCUCCACUGAUUUCAAUCUCCUGGAUGCGCUCUUAUUGAACACCACACGCAUCGGUCACGGCUUUGCGCUAAUGAAACACCCGCUAUUGUGGAAUGCCGUGAAGAAACGCAAUGUGGCAAUCGAAGUGAGCCCACUUUCGAAUCAGAUACUGCAUUUGGUGGCCGAUUUGCGUAAUCAUCCGGGUAGCUUUUACAUUUCGCAGGAUCUGCCGAUGGUUAUUUGUAAUGAUGAUCCCGGCUUUUGGGGCACCAAGGGACUGAGCUAUGAUUUCUACUAUGCCAUUAUGAGUUUGGCGCCAAAUCAUAUGGGUUUGAAAACGCUAAAGGGUCUUGUGUGGAAUUCGAUUCGUUUCUCAGUGUUGACAGCACGUGAAAGGGAAUAUGCAUUUGCGACUUUGGAACGUGCGUGGGAUCAGUUUAUCAGCGAUGUGUUACAAGGGAUUGUAUGAUACAACAAUUUAUUGUGGAAUGUUAAAUAGAGUCGAAAACAUAAGAAUUUCUUAAAAAAUAAAUUCAUUAAUAUUAAGUAAA